GAGCAAUAACCCAGAUUAUGUGUAUAGUCGGCACUGAGUAAAGAGGGUUUUCUUUGUUUUACAGCAGUUUGAAGAAACGCAAGAGUCCCUAAAAUGUUUAGCAGGGGAAAAUUGCUUCUGGUUUCACUCAUUUUCUCAUCUUACUUCAGCCAAAUCACUCUGAGUUAUACCAAUCUGUUGGACGCAUCCUCCACUGUUAUCGAUGAUCUGUAUGAUGGAUGUCGUAAAGAAGCCAUGGAGAAGUUUGUUCCUGGUCUAUUAAAUCAAGAACUUGAUAAAAGUGACAAACUGCAGAAAGCUUGGAAAACGUGGCAAGGACGGAGAACAAGUAGCAACUGUACCUCACAGAUCCCUGGAGGAAAUGAAGAGCACACUUCUGCUCUCGCCAUCUACCACUUUGGGGAUGAAGAGUUUAUAAAGGAGCUGAACAAUGCAGUGGAGACAAUGAUGGUGAAUGUUACCACGUAUGAUAAGGACUUCCAUUUUAAGGCCCUUCAUUUCCUGCUGAUGGAUUCCAUGAUGCUGCUGAGGCCAAAGGAAUGCGGACAGGUAUAUUUAAUCCAAGAUGACGGAGGAAAAAUACCAAAAACAAACUCAAAAGUGAGGUUUUCAAGUUUCACCGUGGUCGAUUCAGACACAGACUUUACUGAUUUGGCGGAUCAGACUAUUUUUAAAAUAAAAACUUGCUUCUACGUGAACCUGGACGAUCAACUUUGUCUGAGAAAGCUUGGUAAAUUACUCCUAUCUCCGGCUGAAGUCUUCACUGUGGAGAAAGUAGAGAAAAAGACGACUGGUGACGAUGAGUACACCGAGGUUGUUUUGACCCAUCCUACUCUGCAAAGCAACCACAACUGUGUCAUGUGGACAAGGUCUGCAACUGACAUCCCCACCCAUUUGUUCCUUCCUCUGCUUGUGGCAUCAAUCAUAUUUUCCAUGUGUCCUUAAAAGAACAAAUAAUAACAGACCCUGAAAUCUCUGAAACAGAAAAACAAAGCUCUGUUUUCUAAAGAAGGUCUCAUUAGUAGCAAUAGUCAUUUAGCUGAAAACUGUAGUCUAAUACAACAGUCCUUCCUGGACAUGUUUAUAAUAGUGGACAAAAAUGCCCCAUAUAAACAAAAGAAAUGUUGAAGUUAACAUGUUUCUGCCAUGUGAUAACAUAUGAAAACAUGUCAACCCUUGUGAUCAAAAAGGAAAAGCAUGUGGUCGCAAGUUCAAUAUUAGAUGACAGCAAAAAUGCAUCAGUAAAAUAAAUUGUAGCAAAAUGGAAAACAUGAAAGAAAAUGUAUUUCACAUGUGGGAAAUUGUUGUUCAUGUGGAAUAUUUUCCCACCUGUUCUACAUGUGGACAAUUUCCCAUAUAUGAAACACAUACUUCCCCCUCAUAACACAUUGCUUAAUUCAUUUUCAACAGUUUUUGUUGUCACAUGUGGAAUGCUUUUUAUAACUUUGUCAUGUAAAACAAUUUUUCUCACAUGUGAAGUGCAUGUUUUUCAUAUGUUACACAUUUUGAUAUAAACUUUUUUUAUUGUGCUUUUUGUUGUAACAUGUGUGUGUGUGUUUCCCACAUAUUUGCAUAUUGGGAGGUUGUGCGUUGAAUUCCACCUUCCCUCAUCAUGUGUUAACGUGUUUUUGGGCAAAGCACGGAACUCCAAGUUGCCCAAUGAUCUGCAGAUCGGUGUUUGAAUGUUAGGCUGUUUUGAGUGUGUUGGGAUAACACAUUUUACCUGUAAUGUCAUGGAUUUCACAUUGGCACCACAUUUACAGUAUGGGUUUCACAUGGGCAUUACUUGUAAUCCCAGGGGUUUCACAUGUGUUUCACACAUUAUACCUUUAAAAUGCACCAAAAUCACAUUUGUCAUGAGCAAAAUAUGCGUUUCACAUGUGUCACACCUAUCUCAUUGGUAAAUUUAAUGUGAAAUGUCCCCUGGCUCAUCACAUUCACAUUUGAACUGUAUUCACAUUUGAACUGUAUGUGUUUUAUUCCCUGCAAGGAUUUAUACAUUUCACUGCCUUUUUUAUACUUUGCAUGCCUUUAGUGUGAUGUCAGGAGAGUGUUCAGGAAGGAAGUGGACAAGGAGUUCUUAGAUGUAAAAGAAAGAAAAAAAUGCUGAUGAAGGACUUUUGUCACAAAGCAGGGAAUUAUUCUUCUGCCAAAACUCAAAAUAGUGGUUUUAAGUUGAGGUUACUAGAAGUAUAUAUUGUGCUGACUUCAGUGGAAUCAGACUAUAAAUAGAUGUUGCAGUAAACGAGUAGGAGACGUGUUACAGUAAAGAGGAAUUUACCACUCCAGGCGUGAACUUGAGUUCAUUGAACCUGUUUUCUUGUGUUCAGUCAAAUCAAGUAAUUUUUCUCUUUUUCUGCUUAAAAUGAAACUUUUAACAUGACUGUUAUCUUGAGUUGGACUUUGGUCUGUCAGUUCUGAAGGAUAAUAAAUCUGUAAACAUCACAACCAGGAGUGUUUUGGUCACUGUUUACAGGCAGCCAUCAAAAAGCCCUCUAAUGUAAUUGGUUCUCGUAGGAAAUUAAUUGUUCUAUCUUUCUAUUUCCCCUUCUGUCAAGUAAACCAUUUAAAAUGUGUUAAACUUAUAUGAAUAAAAGACUCAGUGAGA